AUGAAUGAGACUAUUUGGCUUGCGGGAAUAAUGAGGUUAUGUGAGAGAAGUGAGGGAGAAGUUCGUGGGCAGAAUAAACGCAGGGGAGUUGGUUUUGGUUUGCGGAGAAAACAACGUGUUAUUGGCACAGGAAUGAUUAAAGUUUGUUGUGGACGUUUGGAAGCCGUUGGAUUAUCAAAGGGACACGUCAUUCCCAAUAGGAACGGCGGUGAGGGCAUGUUUGGGAAUGUGAGAAUUGGAGAAAGGGAAGGAGAAGUGAUUUUAAGCCAAGAGCCCUAUGUCUGUGUACCAAACAACUCUUCGACUGUCUCGAGAUGUGAUGGAUGUUUUGCAUCGGAGAGCCUCAAGAAAUGCUCGGCUUGUCAAGUUGUGUGGUACUGUGGAAGCACAUGCCAGAAAUCAGAGUGGAAGUUGCAUCGACUCGAAUGUAAUGCUCUCUCUCGGCUCGAGAAGGAGAAGCGAAAGUCUGUUACGCCUUCUAUUCGUCUGAUGGUUAGACUCUACCUCCGUAGAAAAUUGCAAAAUGAGAUGAUUGCUCACCAGCUCUUGUUUUUGGCAUAUGUGCUUACAAUCUUUGAUUGUUUUGACUGCCAGGCCAUCCCUACUAGUGUUACGGACAAUUACAAUUUGGUGGAGGCAUUGGUGUCUCACAUAAAGGACCUUGAUGAGAAGCAACUGGUGCUAUAUGCGCAGAUGGCCAACCUUGUCCACUGGAUUCUUCAAUGGCCUGAGAUCAACAUAAAAGAGAUUGCUGAGAACUUCUCCAAGCUGGCAUGCAAUGCCCAUACCAUUUGUGACUGUGAACUAAGACCUCUGGGCACAGGAAUCUAUCCUGUUGUUUCCAUUAUCAACCACAGCUGCUUGCCCAAUGCUGUGUUGAUUUUUGAGGGAAGGUUGGCUGUUAUUCGAGCUGUAGAGCACAUACCAAAAGGAGCAGAGGUAAGGGUAGAGCUACAUAUUAUUUCAAUCUUCAUUGUUUCCUCUGGAUCUGUAUUGGACUCUGUUCACAAGGUUCCUAGACCAUUUGAGGUAUCAAUAGCUUACAUAGAAACUGCUGGAAGCACUAUGACUCGGCAAAAGGCACUCAAAGAACAACACACGCCUUCGCUGCCAGCUGAUAAUACUUACGUUCUGUUGAAGGGUCAAUAUGUUGAUAUUCAAGAAAGUGCAAUUCUGGAAGGCUACAGAUGCAAAGAUGAUAGAUGCAAUGGUUUCUUGCUUCUUGAUUCUGGAGUGUAUCCGGAGCUUCAUCCUUUGCUUGGGUUGCAGUACUAUACCUGUGGCAAAAUUGAGUGGUUGCUUGGUGACACAGAGGAUAGCAUCAAGUCACUGACCAGGGCUGUGGAGAUACUUCGAAUCACUCAUGGGACAAACUCACCCUUCAUGAAGGAACUCAUGAUGAAAUUGGACGAAGCACGUGCUGAAGCUUCUUACAAUCUUUCAUCUAAAGAUGAGGCAAGAAACAAGAAUGUGGCAGAGCAAGUGUUUGAUAUGUUUGUUGAAUUGUUGCAGAAUCUAGUUUGUCAGAAAUGCGGUGACCGUGGUUAUCCGGAGGCUCUAAAUUACUGUGUAAUGUGUGAAGUUGUUGCUGAACACUCCUACUGCUUAGAUGUUGUUCCAAAGGAUUUGGAUAAGGAUCUGGUUUGGACGUGUUGGUUUUGUUCAUCUGGGAAUGAUGGUGGACAUGAUACCUUGGAUAGUUAUACCCAAUUAUCGACGAGUGAUCAAGCUGUUAAAUUUGUUAGUAAACAGGAGCAGAAAGCAUCAGAUGCAUACCUGAAAGGUGUGAAAAAGGCAGAGAGAAUAAAGCGUGGUCGCUCUUUGCAAUCUGAUGAAGUAGAGGCAGAUAAAAGGGUUUGCUUGACUAACUCGACUGAUCGAGAGGCAGAUAAAAGGGUUUGCUUGACUAAAUCGACUGAUCGAGAACUGGACUGCUCUCAGCUUCAGGAGGAGAAUAAGAGAACAUUAUUUCACGGUGAGAGCUCUGAUGAACAUCAAAAAUCAAGCGAACAUGGUAUGUUGAUCGCGGAAGAUAGGGGUGGCGCAAAUGAAGAGGUAUUAACUGUUGAAAAAGAAGCCUCUCAAAAUGGCAAGAGUGAUCUGCCAAAAAUUUCAGACCAUGAUGCCAAUCUUAAUGUACAACCUUUUGAGGAGAACGAGAAUACACUGUCUGGUGGUGAGAGUUGUGCACAGGAUCAGAACUUAAGUGAACAGAAUAGAUUGAUUCUAGAUGUUGGGGGUGGCUCAAAUGAAGUGGUAAAUUGUAGCGAAAAGGAGACCUCCCACAAUGGCACUGGUGAUCUGCCAGAAAUUUUAGAUCAGGAUUUCAACACCAAUGCAGAACCAAUUCUUGAUCCCAUAUGGAGGGGAGGUUUUACCAUCAACAAUGGAAAUUUUGAGGUUAUGAAUGGACUGGUGGCCUAUACAUCUAACCAAGCAUCCCCAAAAGUUCGUGAGACAGCUAGUUUGUUGCCUGGAUUGGUUUCUAUAGAAAUGCUUCCUAGGCUUGAAGUGUUUCCAAAAAGGUUUGCUACUACAGUUGUAACAGCUGGAGAUAUUGGCCUUUACAUCUUCCCAGAAAAAGAGAGAGACGAACGAGCUUUUGAUGAGUUAUUGGAUAGUAUAAUUGAACAAGACCUUGCCCUGAAAGCCGUUCUUGAGAACGCAGAAUUAUUGCUCUUUACAUCUCUUCAAUUACCUUUGCAUAACUGGAGAUAUCGAGGAAAGUACUAUUUGUGGGGCUUGUUCAGUAGAAGGAAGUCUUGCCGUUUAAAUAGAAGAGAGCAUGUUACAGCUUAG